CACUAGUCUCCGCUAAUAUGUAUAGCACACUUCUUCCUUCAGUGUCGUGUGGGCCCGUUCGUGAAUAGAGACAUUGCGGAGUGAGCCAUGGAGAGCGGAGGGGGUGUGGGCGUGAAGCUGGAGCUACCUGGUGAAAGUGGCGAAGAGGUGGCGAUGAGCAGGUUCAAGGUGGCGAGGGUGUCGAUAUCUGAAGUGGGGCGGUUGAUGACAGGCGAACAAGCGGAUGGCUCUUAUGACUCAAAAUCCCUCGGUCAGCUCACGAGGGAAGUUCUACCAAUCGCAGAAAAUUACAGAGAUAUAACUUCGUCUAAGCACGCUUUAAGACCGACUCUAGAGGAACUUCAUGAAGCUAGGUUUUUAGAUCAGGUUAAAGCAAGAGAGAAACACGAUAAAACAUCGAGGCGGAGAAGUUUUUAUACUUCAUCAAAAAAAGGAAAAGUUAUUAAAUUUGGAUGGGUAGAAGGAGUUUAUAUGAGAUGUCUUCUAAAUAUUUGGGGCGUUAUGCUAUUUCUCAGGUUGUCCUGGGUCAUCGGACAGGCUGGCAUCGUGGAAGGCAUUAUUGUUAUUUGCCUUUCAAAUUUGGUAACUUUAGCGACUACUCUCUCCAUGUCAGCAGUAAGCACAAAUGGUAUAAUAGAAGGAGGUGGUAUUUAUUACAUGAUAUCUCGCUCACUUGGACCUGAGUUCGGAGGAGCCAUCGGGCUGAUGUUCACCAUCGCAAAUUCUGUAGCCGUCUCUAUGUAUGUCGUUGGGUUCUGCGAGUCCCUUCAGGACCUAGUCAGAAGCUUAGGAGGGACGAUACUGGACAACGGAACUAAUGAUAUUAGGGUUGUUGGUGUUGUUACUCUCGUCGGUAUACUCGUGCUUGCUUUCGUCGGAAUGGAUUGGGUAACAAGAACCCAGAUGUGUUUACUGAUGGUGCUGAUUGCUUCACAAAUAGAUUUUGUGAUUGGAAGCAUAAUGGGUCCUAAAACAUUACUUGAAGAAGCAAAAGGCUUUGUUGGAUACAAUUUGGAGGUGUUCAAAAACAAUAUACCACCAAAUUAUAAAUCUUUCGAUGGGGUAGAACACGAUUUCUUUUCCGUAUUUUCAGUGUUUUUCCCUGCAGUGACUGGCAUUGUCGCAGGGGCUAAUUUGUCUGGAGAUUUAAAGGAUCCGAGCGUAGCCAUCCCUAGAGGAACACUCCUAGCAAUAAUUACAACAUUCAUCUCAUAUAUAUCAUAUGCAUUUAUGAUGGGAGGCUGCGUACUACGUGAAGCGUCAGGAAAUGAAACAAUUUUAGAAAACAUUGAACCUGGAACUUCGCUGAUAGAUCGUUGGGACAAAAUAUCCCAGUGCAAUACAACAUGCACAUAUGGGCUUCGAAACGACAACCAGGCAAUGGAACUUGUUUCUCUAUGGGGACCUCUUAUUUACGGCGGUUGUUUUGCGGCAACGCUCUCAUCCGCUAUAGCAAGCUUAGUCGGAGCUCCCAGAGUACUACAGGCAUUGGCAAAAGAUAAACUUUACCCCUUCAUAGGAUUUUUUUCUAAGGGUUUCGGUGCCAAUAAUGAUCCGAUAAGAGGAUAUAUUCUUGUAUUUGUGAUAGCUUUUGGUUGUAUUCUUAUUGGGAAUUUAAAUUACAUUGCUCCUUUGCUCUCCAAUUUUUUCUUGGCUGCCUACGCUCUCAUAAAUUUCUCAGUUUUUCAUGUCUCAAUAUCUAAAAGUCCUGGAUGGAGGCCUGCGUUUAAGUAUUACAAUGCGUGGGUUAGCUUGGUGGGAACUCUGCUAUGCAUCGCAGUCAUGUUUUUAAUAUCGUGGUGGACAGCACUGGUGACUUUUUUUGUAGUUGUUGCACUUUAUCUCUACGUUUCGUACAGAAAGCCAGAGGUAAACUGGGGAUCUUCGACGCAAGCGCAGGCUUAUUAUUUUGCUUUAAGAUCAGCUCUGGAACUGAAUAAAGUUGCGGAACAUGUGAAAAAUUACAGGCCUCAAAUUCUCGUACUUUCUGGUAUGCCUGGACACCGGCCGACACUUACGGAUUUCGCAAACUUAAUUACCAAAGGGAAAUCCCUUCUUGUAUGCAGCCAUAUCAUCAAGGGUUCGUAUUCAAGGACAGUUCAUGAAGCGCUUUCCCAGAAGGCGUACAGAUGGUUCGAACAGCAUAAAAUCAAAGCCUUUUACAUACUCGGAGAAGAUGAUGGGAUUGGAGAGCAUUACUUGGCAAAAUCUUUUAUGACAAUGGCUGGCCUGGGUAAACUGAAGCCGAAUAUGAUUUUGAUGGGUUACAAAAACGAUUGGCAGAUUUGUCCAAAACAAGAAUUAGAUAAUUACUUCACUCUAAUUCACGCCGCAUUAGAUAGCUUUCUAGCUGUUGGGAUUCUAAGAAUGGCUGAUGGCCUUGAUUAUUCGAAUAUGAUUGAAGAUGCUGAUUCCCCACUUUUUCCAUCCUAUGAAAAGAAGGAAGAGGACGAAGAAGAUAAACUUCACAGAAAUAUAUCUGCUGGGCAGCUAUCUUUAGAUGAUGCUUGCAGUGCAGGUAGUAUCUCUCCUCCAGGCUCGCCAAUGCUAGACCAGGAAGAAGGCAUAGAGGAAGAGGAAAAUUCCAGUGGAAAAGACCCGACUGAGAUGUUCAGGGGGGUCAGGGGUGAAACGCUAUCCACUCACCAUUUACAAGCUCUCACCUAUUUUAGACGGAAGCAGUCGAAAGCUUUGAUCGAUGUUUGGUGGCUUUAUGACGACGGAGGCCUAACUCUACUCAUACCACAUAUAAUCAGUACAAGGUCGCAGUACAGUGAUUGCAAGUUGAGGAUAUUUUCCUUGGCAAACCGGGCCAAUGAACUGGACAGAGCUCACCGAAAUUUGGCAGCAUUACUUUCAAAGUUUAGAAUCGAUUACAGCGAUUUGAUAAUAAUACCAGACAUUACAAAAAAGGCUAAACCUGAGACUCAAAAAGAAUUUGAAGACAUAAUCAAGAAUUUCAGGAAACUGGAUGGAUCUUUCUCAAAAAAUGGGUAUAUUGCUGAUUCAGAAUUGAAGCUUUUAGCUGAAAAAACAAAUCGCCAUAUGAGACUGAGGGAGCUUUUGCAUGAAUAUUCAAAAGAUGUAACAUUUUAUGUCGUGACUUUACCCAUGCCUCGAAAAGGUACAGUUUCAGCUCCGAUGUACAUGGCCUGGCUGGAAUUAAUAACAGCCGGAAUGCCUCCGGCGUUGGUUCUCAGAGGGAACCAAACAUCGGUUUUGACAUAUUACUCUUAGUAUUUGAAAUGCUUUUUGAUAUGAAAAUUUCAAAAUUUUAAGUAUCACUGUUUACAAUAAGGAUUGCUUUAAUUUUCCCCCCAUCUAAAUAAUUGUAAGAAGUAUAAUAAUUAUUUAAAGUAAUUUUUAAACUUAAUUAUUGUAACAAAUGCCACUCUGAUUGUAGUUACCACAUUAGUUGUACAGAGAUUUUAUAAUGAUAAAUAAAUAA